AAAAUCUCUAAAGAUUAUCAAUCGUUAUCUUCAUCGAGUGUUAAAUUAAAGUGAUUGUGAUUUGUGAAUAUGGAACAGAGUUUUGUUUGUGCGCCCGAUGGAUAGCGUAAUAGCCACACAAGCGGCACAUUGCACAUUGUUUACAACAAACAGUUGUUCAUUUGGUAGUGUUGUUGAAUUGUCAGUGCUCCAAAAUUACUGUUUUUCCCGGAAUUAAUUGAACGUGUUGUGAUUGUGCGAUAAAGACUGAAGUUAUUUUAGUGAUUGUCGAGUUUCGAGUGUCCCUAGGCGACGGAAAAACUUUUUGGAUUAUCUUAUUUUCUCGAAACCUACACGAUUUUUAUGAGGGCAUGUAUUUAGGCAGCGUCCUGACAGCAACCACCAUUUCGUCGCCGUGGACUCCGGUCACAGGCCCGCAGGCCGACUCCAACGGCCCGGGCCCAGACACAAAGAAUCUCGAUGUUGGUGAUAUGAGUGACGAUGAAAAAGACAUGGCAGCCGCAGAUGCGGAAGGGGUUUGGAGUCCGGAUAUCGAACAAAGUUUUCAAGAAGCCCUAGCGAUAUACCCGCCCUGCGGACGACGGAAAAUCAUAUUAUCAGACGAAGGAAAAAUGUACGGACGAAAUGAACUAAUAGCAAGGUAUAUAAAAUUAAGGACUGGAAAGACAAGGACGAGAAAACAAGUUAGCUCACACAUACAAGUAUUAGCUAGGCGAAAAUUGCGGGAAAUUCAAGCAAAACUUAAAGUUGAUCACGUGGCCAAAGAAAAAACUCUCCAGACGAUGUCGAGCAUGUCGAGUGCACAGAUCGUAUCUGCUACUACUGCAAUGCACAGCAAGUCAGCAGGUCUCAAUAUUGGUCUAACACAUAACCCUGUUUCCUAUCCUGUAGCGCAAUUUUGGCAGCCUGGACUUCAACCUGGUACCUCUCAAGAGUUAGAAAAUGGGAGCCGAGUUGACUCUCGAAACGUUUCUGCAUUAGAUUUUAUCGUGAAACCAUUUGCGCAGGCAGCAUAUUCGGCGGGAAAACCAGCAACGGCAGUGUCGGCGGGAGAAGUUGGAGCCUUACAAUCAGCGCCGCCACCGGUGUGGGAAGGAAGAGCUAUAGCGACGCACAAAUUGAGGCUAGUCGAGUUUUCCGCUUUCAUGGAAUCACAAAAUAGAGACGAAGCAUAUCAGAAACACCUGUUCGUACACAUAGGAGGGCCAACACUCUCGUACUCAGAUCCCCUUUUGGAAGCGGUGGACGUUCGACAAAUAUACGAUAAAUUCCCGGAGAAGAAAGGUGGACUGAAAGAACUGUACGACAAAGGACCACAGAACGCGUUCUUCCUUGUUAAAUUCUGGGCGGAUUUAAAUUCUAAUAUACAAGAUGAGACUGGAGCAUUUUACGGCGUUACAAGCUCGUAUGAAAGCAACGAUAAUAUGACAAUUACCUGCUCCACAAAAGUUUGUUCUUUUGGGAAACAGGUGGUGGAGAAAGUGGAAACGGAAUAUGCUCGAUACGAAAAUGGACGUUUUGUAUAUAGAAUCCAUAGAAGUCCGAUGUGCGAGUAUAUGAUCAACUUUAUUCACAAAUUAAAACACCUCCCCGAAAAAUACAUGAUGAACAGUGUAUUAGAAAACUUUACAAUCUUACAGGUUGUAAGUAACAGAGACACACAAGAAACCCUAUUAUGUACUGCAUACGUAUUCGAAGUGUCAACUUCAGAGCAUGGAGCGCAACACCACAUCUAUAGGCUUGUGAAAGACUAGCAGGUUAUCGGUCUAACCAUAACCUAUCACUUCAGUGCCUACACUCUCACAAUACUAGUAUUAUUAUCAGUUACUUACUUUUUAAGAAGUACCUAGUUAAAGAAAGAUAAUGUAAAAAAAAUGCCAUUUCGAGGUAUUCGAAAGCUACCUUAAAUUUUCUGAUAUCAUCCCAAUUAAAAGUGAAGAAUUUUCUUACUCGAGAACACGCUUCAGCUUUGCUCGUGUUUUUUUAUCAAGAUUUUACAUUGUUGAGGGUAUUUUGGUGAUCUUUUAUGUUGGAUUGUUAAAAAGUUAGAAAUUUAUACGUUUCUAUCCAUUUUUAUCCAUUUGUGGCAUCUAAUGUUGCAGUUUACUUUAUUUAAAACAAUUAUAUUGCUAUUUUGUUGGAAUAAUAAAACUUAUAGUUAUCUUAUCAUUAAAAUGCUGUGAAACAUUCUAUAUAAAUUACUGCAAACAAAUAGUUUAUCAGCUUUAAUUAUUUUUAUAAAAACAUUAAGAAUGGGACAUACAAAAUGAAUUAAAAUGAAAACUAUCCACCUUUUAGUGUGAAUAUCUCGAAAACUAAUUAAAUUCCAAACAAGAGUACAUGAUUUAUUUAAAAACAUCAAAAAAUGUAAAAAUAUAGUCCAAAUAAGUUUUUGGACAGUGACGUAAAAUUUGGAGGGGAUGAAAGUGUAAUAUAUCCAUGUUUUAGGCUACUAGUAAAGUUUGUUUAACUGAUUUUUUGCUGUAAGGCGUAUCUUAUGACUCCAAAAAUGUUUACCGAAUUUAGUAAAAUUAUAUUAAAAAAUUAUGGCCAUUAAUUAUAUUUGAAUUUUCAAACUUUUGGAAACGAGUAACAUUUUACUGAAGCAUGUUUCAUUUAAUGGUCCCAUUCUUAACGAAACGCCUUGUAUUUUGACCGGGUAUAGAGGGACGAGACGAUAGGAAAUAGUCCGGACUCAUAAGAAUGAUUUGAUGUAUCUAUAGUACAGCAGUAAGUUAUUAAAUAAGUAAUAAAUUAUUUAUUAUGCAACUAUUAAAAAUUUGGGUCACAGGUAACAUUUAUUGGAAGCAUCAAGUUUUUAUAUCCAAAUUUAACAUACAAGAAAUCUUACAAUGAUUUGUCGGAUUGUAUAAAUUUCAUAUCUGGCCCCAUACUAUGUAGAGCGGCUUGCUUGACUGGUCCUUAAUUUUUACGUUAUUGCAGCGUAGCUGGCACUUUUGGACUUUUUGCAAAAAUAAAUUAUCUGACAUAUUAAACCUCUAGCCUUUUAUCAUUCUCUCAGAAAAUGGAAGAAUAUUACUUUAAUAGUAUUUAAGUCCAAAUAAACCAGUCUAUAUAAAAAUAGUAGAGAAAGGUCGGGAAAAGCUGACGUUUCAAAAUAUUCUGUAAUCUUGUGACUGCACUCAGAAAAUUUAACAUAUAUGUCCUAUUGGUAGCUAUAUCAAACACGUUUCGAGUAUUAAGAACCUUUCAGUCCAAUGUUACUUAAAUGAAAAAAUCUGAGGAGGUGCAAAUUUCACUUUGCUCCCUAUGUUGGUUUUAAUCAGUGGAAUGUAAAAUGAUUGUUUCUGCAUUUGCCAAACACGAUAAAACUUCGAAUUGGAAGUGAUUGUACACGUAAUUUUACGUACUAACUAGACACGUAAUUCGACCGCCUAUUAUCACGUUUAAUUUAUUUAAAAGUUUAUAGAGAAGAAAUUGUUUAUUAUUUUAAAACUUUCAACUGUCAACUGUCAAGAUUAAUGAACUGUCUGUCAUAUGUCAAUAUUGUCAUUGGAUCUGAUUUUCCAGGACCCUCUCCUUAUCCACCUUCUUUAUUUAGAUAAUUGUAUAUUAGGCGCACCAUCGUACAAUAACCAUAUUUAUUGACGAAUGUGAAGGGAAACAUCCUCGAGUAAUAUCAGUAAAUGAUUUUCAAGAAAAUACAAAUAUAGUGCACCAUUUACUCGUCCAUUAAAAAAGUGUGGCGCUAUGACAUAAUUAUCCAAACAUUCAAUGACCAUCUCGUUUGGUUAUAGUAGAGUAAUAGUGGAAGUUAUGCCUAUUUAAACAUCCAUUUUUAGGUUUCCGUACCCGAAGGGUAACCAACAACGGCAACAACGAUGUUAUGUUAUGUUGAGAAUGGGGUGUUAAUACACUGCGACCUAAAAGAUCUAUUGUGUCUCCUUCUGUCACCACUGCACUAAGGAAAUGUCUCAAUGCCUAUAGCGACCCUUCCAAUCCUAUUUUCUCAAGGAAGUGUAGGAUUUGAAGUGGCUUCAAGUUAGGUAAAUCUCCCUCUUCUAUUUGAUAUCCUCCUAGAUAUAGUGCCCUUUGAUUCUGGAGUGCUACACAUUCAGUUAGGAUGUGAAUGGAGGUUUCGUCCUCCUCCUCACACAAUCUGCACUCACUAUCCUCUACUACUCUCAAUUUACUUAGGUGUCCUUUUAGUCGGCAAUGCCCGGUAAGGAUCCCUGUUACAAUACGUAGCCUGUUCUUGCUCAGGCAGAUGCAGGCUUCCGAUCUUUUCUGGUUAUAUUCACCCAAAAGUAUUUUGGCCUGUCUCAGCCCCAAGAGAUUGUUCCAAUUAUCAGUUCUUCUACUGCCCAAUUCUUUUUUAAUCUCUUCUAAUAUUAUGUUACUGCUGAUACCGAAGAACGGCUCAGGUCCUACAAAUGGUGUUUGAGCCCCUUUCCUUGCAAGACUAUCUGCAAUCUCGUUAUCCUGUACCUCGUUAUGUCGCCUAGCUCAUUCAAUUGUUCUAGGCAUCUCCAGACUAUUUUUGAGCUGAUUACGUAAGAGCUCAGCUCUUCGAUGGCUGCUUGACUAUUGGACAUGAUGAUAAUCUCUUGUCUAUGAUAGUUUCUCUCGAUGUUAAACUGGAUACACUUCUCGAUGGCGUGAAUUUCCGCCUGGAAGAUGCUUGGGUAUUUUUCCAAGCUUUCAGAGUGCUUGGUUCUCGGCCCAUACACUCCUAUUCCAGUUACUCUUAUGGUUUUGGAACCGUCCGUAUACCACUGAAUAGCACGUCUUUCGGUUGCAAGCGCGAUGGAUUCUUGGCUCCAUUCUUUCUUGCAGCCCAGCUCUGUGGUUUUGAAGUUUUUCACAAAACUUUACUUCUUUUACAUUUCAUCCUGGGGCAUGUCCCAGGUAUCUUUAGUCCUGAAGCAAGUAGACUUUCGUCUGAUUACUCCGUUUCUGAUCAUUCUAUAUCGUGUCCUUUUUGCCACAUUCUCUAUCAUUAAAUGUAGAGGGGUGAGGUUUAAGAUCACCUCCAUUGCGGCCGUAGAACAGGUUCUCAUUGCACCAGUAAUGCAAACACAGGCUAGUCUUUGUACUUUUGAGAUAUUAGCUCUCGUAGUAGCUAGACUCGUUCUGUUACUCUAGGCUAUAGCCCCGUAAGUGAUGAUUGGUCUCACUAUUGCAGUAUACAUCCAUCGUAGUAUGUUUGGGUUACAUCCCCAUCGUUUACCUGCAAUGUUUCUGCAUACCAUUAGGGCUUUUGUGGCUUUAUUUACUACUUCUCAUGUGUGUUCCAGGGUUAGGGUUAGGCCUAGAUAUUUGACUUCAUUUUUCCAUGCUAUAUCUAUCCCGUCUAAUUUAAUGGUUUUUGAGAUUAAGUUUUCUUUUCCU